CAAGAAGAGAGUUCUAUUUUUUCUUCGUUUGGUUCAAUGUAAACAAGAGUUAAGGGAUGAUUAUAAUAGACAGAACGGUACUGAACGGGGGACCUUGAAGUACAGUGCAAUUUAUUACACAUAUGGCAUUUUGCAUGAAAGACUCUCGUGGUUAGAGUCCCUCCACGUCCAAUAUUUUUGAGUGCCUAAUCAAUUCCAAACGAGCCUAUAUAGAGAAACUGAAACAGUGGAAAUAUGACUUGCCAAAUUUGCGGAAAGAACAACCCAAUCCACAGCUAGCAGGCGUACAGCUUGUAAAUAUAUAGUUAUGUUUUUAGCGUGCCUGGGCAAAGGAAGGAGGAUUGGCUAAGUCUUAUAAGGAGCCCAGAAUUCUCGUCCGUCACCGUUGUGGUAUAUUCUCUUCGAUUUUACUGCUCCAUCCGUUUCAAUAAUACUGGUUGGCCAAGCUUUGUGACAUACUAGUACUCCAAAAUGUCGGGAGUGAGGAAAGGUGCAUGGACUAAAGAAGAAGAUUCUUUACUGAGGAAAUGUGUUGAGACGUACGGGGAAGGAAAGUGGCAUAAAGUUCCCAUUAGAGCUGGUUUGAAUAGAUGCAGGAAGAGUUGCAGAUUAAGGUGGUUGAAUUAUCUAAGGCCAAAUAUCAAGAGAGGUGACUUCUCUUCUGAUGAAGUUGAUCUCAUUUUGAGGCUUCAUAAGCUUUUAGGAAACAGAUGGUCACUAAUCGCGGGUAGACUUCCGGGAAGAACAGCAAACGAUGUAAAAAACUACUGGAACACUCACUUUCAAAGGAAGUUAACUACUCGUCAUCGACAAGACAGAAAGUACAAUAACACCCUCAAGAUCACAGAAAACACCAUAGUAAGACCUCAACCUCGGACCUUCUCAAAUACAACGAAUGUCUGUUGGUGCAGCAACAAAAGUAUCACAAACAAUGAUGAAAGCACCAAGGAAAUACUAAAUAUUUGCGAGAAGCCAACAACGUCGAUAGACGAGGGAGUUCAAUGGUGGACAAGCUUACUGGAAAAUUGCAAUGAAAUUGAGGAAGCAAAAGCUGUUGGCAGUUUUAAUGAAGAAAAUAUGUUACCAAGUAUGUUGCAUGACAAAAUUUCACCGCCCAUGCAACAAGGACAAAGUGGUAAUUUGGAUGACUUUUCAGCUGAUAUUGACCUAUGGAAUCUACUUGAUUAGUUUCAUCAGUCACAAAUAAAAGACAUCUAAUUAAUGGUAUUGUAGUAGUACUUGUAAUAGUGAUACAUUCUAUUAUAAGCCGUUUAUACUUCGAAUCCCAACUACUAGGUACCUAGGGAUCUAGCACUAUUUUCAUGUUAGAGUUUAAAUUAUGAGUUUAAGUUACGUGAUAAAUUUUUACAUUAUCAGGUCACUUUUCAAUAUUAUAAUAAAUAAUAUGUCUUAUUUUUAUGAUUACAAAUCU